UGCUCCCCAUCGCCGGCCCCGGCCCCGCAGCAUGGUACCGCGGAGGCCCAGCCUCGCCGCACGGAGGAGCCGCGGCUGAAGCGGGGGCGCGGGGAGGCCCGGCCCGGAGCUUGCAUGGGGGAGCGCGCGCCGCGCUCGGGAAGAUGCCCCGGCCCGAGCUGCCCCUGCCCGACGGCUGGGAGGAGGCGCGCGACUUCGACGGCAAAGCCUACUACAUCGACCACACCAGCCGCACCACCAGCUGGGUGGACCCUCGGGACCGGUAUACCAAGCCGCUGACCUUUGCUGACUGCAUUAGUGAUGAGCUACCACUGGGAUGGGAAGAGGCCUACGACCCCCAAGUUGGAGAUUACUUCAUCGACCACAAUACCAAGACCACACAGAUUGAAGACCCCCGGGUGCAAUGGCGACGGGAACAGGAGCACAUGCUGAAAGAUUACCUGGUGGUUGCUCAGGAGGCGCUGAGUGCACAGAAGGAGAUCUACCAGGUGAAGCAGCAGCGCCUGGAGCUUGCGCAGCAGGAGUACCAGCAGCUACACUCUGUGUGGGAGCACAAGCUGGGCUCCCAGGUCAGCUUGGUCUCUGGCUCAUCGUCCAGCUCAAAGUAUGAUCCUGAGAUCCUGAAAGCGGAAAUCGCCACAGCUAAAUCCCGGGUCAACAAGCUGAAGAGAGAGAUGGUUCACCUGCAGCAAGAGCUCCAAUUCAAGGAGCAUGGUUUCCAGACCCUAAAGAAAAUUGAUAAGAAGAUGUCUGAUGCUCGGGGCAGCUACAAACUGGAUGAAGCACAGGCUGUCUUGAGAGAGACAAAAGCCAUCAAAAAGGCCAUCACGUGUGGAGAACGGGAAAAGCAAGACCUCAUUAAGAGCCUUGCUAUGCUCAAGGAUGGCUUCUACACCGACAGAGGGUCCCACUCAGACCUGUGGUCCAGUAGCAGCUCUCUGGAGAGUUCUGGCAUCCUGCUGCCUAAGCAAUACCUGGAUGUGAGCUCCCAGACGGACAUCUCAGGAAAUUUUGGUACCACCAGCAACAACCAGUUGGCAGAGAAGGUUCGGCUGCGUCUGCGUUAUGAAGAGGCGAAGCGAAGGAUCGCCAAUCUGAAGAUCCAGCUGGCGAAGCUGGAUAGUGAGGCCUGGCCUGGGGUGCUGGACUCGGAGCGGGACAGGCUGAUCCUCAUCAGCGAGAAGGAGGAGCUGCUGAAGGAGAUGCGCUUCGUCAGUCCCUGCCGGUGGACACAGGGUGAGGUGGAGCAGCUGGAGAAUGCACGAAGACGGCUGGAGAAAGACCUGCAGGCCGCCCGGGACACACAGAGCAAGGCAUUGACAGAGAGGCUGAAGUUAAACAGUAAGCGGAACCAGCUAGUGAGAGAACUGGAGGAAGCCACAAGGCAGGUGGCCGCUCUGCAUGCCCAGCUGAAGAGUCUCUCUGGCAGCAUGCAAUCGCUUUCCUCUGGAAGUUCCCUCACAUCCAGCCGGGGCUCCCUCGCCGCCUCCAGCCUCGACUCCUCCACCUCAGCCAGCUUCACUGACCUCUACUAUGAGCCCUUGGAGCCGCUGGACUCAGAGCUGCAGAGCAAGGUGGAAUUCCUUCUCCUAGAGGGGGCCACUGGCUUCCGGCCCUCCGGCUGCAUCACCACCAUCCAUGAGGAUGAGGUGGCCAAGACCCACCGUGCUGAGGGGGGCAGCCGCCUGCAGGCCCUCCGCUCCUUGUCUGGCACCCCCAAAUCCAUGACUUCCCUGUCCCCCCGCUCUUCCCUCUCCUCUCCGUCCCCGCCUUGCUCCCCUCUCAUCACUGACCCCCUCCUGGCUGCCGAUGCCUUCCUGAGCCCACUGGAAUUUGAGGAGCCAGAACUGAGUGCUGCUCUAUGCGAAAUGGGACUUGGCAGCAGCGCCCAGGAGAGGUUCCGACUGGAGGACCCGGGAGCGGAGGGUCAACCUUUGGGCCAAGCUAUGAAUCCUGCCCAGGGCUGUGGCCUGAAAGUUGCCUGUGUCUCAGCUGCCGUGUCUGAUGAAUCUGUGGCAGGGGACAGUGGCGUGUAUGAGGCUUCAGUGCAACGACUGGGUGCUUUUGAUGCCACAACAUUUGACAGUGACGAGUCAGAGGCCCUGGGAGCCACCCGAGUCCAGGUGGCCCUGAAGUAUGAUGAGAAGAAUAAGCAGUUUGCAAUAUUGAUUAUCCAGUUGAGCAACCUUUCUGCUCUGUUGGUGCAGCAAGAUCAGAAAGUUAACAUCCGAGUCGCCAUUCUGCCUUGCUCUGAGAGCACAAUCUGCCUAUUUCGAACACGACCCCUGGACUAUGCUGACAGCCUCCAGUUCAACGAAGCCUUCUGGGUGUGUGCAUCCUACCCAGCUCUGCACCAGAAGACCUUACGAGUGGAUGUCUGCACCACGGACCACAACCACAUGGAGGAGUGUCUGGGAGGUGCGCAGAUCAGCCUUGCUGAAGUCAGCCGCUCUGGGGAGAGGUCGACACGCUGGUACAACCUCCUGAGUUACAAAUACUUGAAGCAACAGAUCAGGGAGCCAAGGCCAGUGGGAGUCCUGCCCCCCAGCCCAGGGCCUGAAAGCACGGACGCAGUGUCGGCUCUGCUGGAACAGACAGCAAUGGAAUUGGAGAAGAGACAGGAAGGAAGAAAUAGAGUACAGCCAACUGAGGAAAGCUGGAGGUUUGAGGAGAGCAGCGAGAAUGAGGCGACAACUGAGGAGGUGGAGGAGGACGUUUUUGCUGAGAAAGCCUCCCCCAAUGCAGAGGAGCACCCAGCCUUAAAGGUUGACAAAGAGACCAACACAGAGACACCAGCACCCUCUCCCCCUGUGGUGCGGCCCAAGGAUGGGCGAGUGGGCACCCCAUCCCCAGGGCCAUUUCUGCGAGGGAGCACCAUCAUCCGCUCCAAGACUUUCUCCCCAGGGCCCCAGAGCCAGCAUGUGUGCAGGCUGAAUCGGAGUGACAGUGACAGCUCCACUCUGUCUAGGAAGCCGCCCUUUGUCCGGAACUCCCUGGAGCGGCGCAGUGUCCGCAUGAAGCGGCCUUCAUCGGUCAAGGCCCUGCACACAGAGCGCCUGAUCCGCACCUCGCUGGACCUUGAGCUGGACCUGCAGGCCACCAGGACUUGGCACAGCCAGCUGACUCAGGAGAUCUCGGUGCUCAAAGAGCUCAAGGAACAGCUCGAACAAGCCAAGAGCCACGGGGAGAAGGAGCUGCCUCAGUGCCUGCGGGAGGAUGAGCGCUUCCGCCUGCUGCUGAGGUUGUUGGAGAAGAAGGUGGACCGAGCAGAGAACAAGGGGGAGCUACAGACUGAGAAGAUGAUGAGGGCAGCCGCCAAGGAUGUUCACAGGCUUCGGGGUCAGAGCUGCAAGGAGCCACCGGAGGUGCAGUCUUUCCGGGAGAAGAUGGCAUUUUUCACCCGGCCUCGACUGAACAUCCCCACCCUGUCUGCAGAUGAUGUCUGACCCACAGAAUAGCAUCUUCCAUUCCUGGCCCAGGCUGCGAGCAGAGACUGUGGUUAAAACAUUUAUUUAUGUGGUAUUAUAUGAAGGUACCCAGUUUCACAUCCUCUCCCUAGCACGCCCAUUGGUUUGAAGAUGAAUGGAUUUUUUUUUUAGUUUGGAUUCUCUUAUUAUUAAAAACAAAGCAAACACACACACGAAACAAAACCAGCAUUACAAUGACAAGAUUGUAUAGUUUGUAUAUUUAGGAAUGUAUUUUUGAGAAAGAAAAUUUUAAUGAACUAAAGCAGUAUUCAGUGGCUGCUCUGAAAAUAAAAUUCUUUAGAU